CGCUCGUAAACAUUCGAAACAGAGUUCAUUUUAUAUUUCUGACUCCUGCUUUUCAGUUUAUUCAAGUUUAUUUACCCUCUGUCCUGCCCGGCGGGUUCAAACCAUAAGCCAUUUGUUGUUUCGACAACUAAAACUUGACUAGAUUUUUAUCUCUGUCUUUAACACACUAACCAAACAAACGCAUUGCUGGUUUUCCCAGACUGAACUUAUACAUCAUGCAUGAGAAUCGUUAAAACAGUGCAAAAACAAACCAACAUAUCUGUGUGCAUUAAGUCAAAGCUUUAUUAUUAUUAUUAUUUAUUAUUAUGUGCUUGAUCUCACAACUAAUAAAAAACAACAAUGUUAGAUAUGAGACAAUGAGUGACCUUAACUCACACAAGCAGCAAAUUAACUGAAAAAAAAAAAAAAAAACGUACACAAAAAUAUGGUAUGGCAUUAAUAAACAUAUGUAUACAAUGCCUAUAUACAUGUAUUUAUAUUAUUUAUAAAUAGCAGAAGAAUGCUGAAGGUAGCAGUAAUAUGAUUUUUUUAAUGAUUUUUAAAAUGACUAAAAGAAAUUAAAAAAUAGCAAACACUGUUAAAGAUCAAUAACGUUCCUCAACAACUCAGUGAUGAGGCAGGUUUAUCCGUGUGUGUGUGUGCGCGCGCGCUUGCUUUCAGUUUUAUUUACAACAGUCAGCUGUCCCACCCAGUACUAUGGAACAAUUUCAAUUUCAGAACUGUUAUCACAUCUUGUGAAAACCCUAAGCAUGUGACUAUCUGCUCAUAAGAAACCCUUCUCAGAUCACACAAGUAGCUGCACUCGGAUAUUAAUCUAUGGUCUGCUCUGUCUCAUGGCAGCACACGGUGAGCCUUUAUAAAAGACAAACAUGGAGUUGGAACUGCACGGACUGUUUGAGCAUAACAAGACCUUUGACUAUGGCGACUAUGAGUACAAGGAGGAAGGUUGCCCGUCCAGCACAGUGACUGACUCCAUGGCAGUCCUCAUUCCCCUUCUUUACUCUGUGGGACUCGUAUGGGGUUUGCUGGGAAAUGGAAUGGUGCUGGUAAUACUGUGGCAAAAAAGACGGAACUUGAGUGUGAUGGACAUCUUUAUCUUCCAUCUGGGUAUAGCGGACUGUCUGCUGUUGCUGACACUGCCUCUGUGGGCUGUAGAUGCAGUGAAGGGGUGGAUCAUUGGCACAGGCUUCUGCAAACUGACUGGAGCUGUGUUCAAGAUCAAUUUCUACUGUGGCAUCUUCUUGCUGGCCCUCAUCAGUCUUGACUGUUACCUGUCAAUCGUCCGUAGAAUGCAGUUAUAUUCUCGCAAAAAACCCAUGGUGAUUCACGGUUGCUGCGUGAUCGUCUGGUUCUUUUGUCUACUCCUUUCCAUUCCUGACUGGCUCUAUCUAAAGGUCAUCAGUGAUGAAACUGAUCAUGCCAAAAUGGAAUGUAAUCACUCUUACACCUUUGAUUCCUGCCGUCUUGCCUCACGUUUGCUACAUCUUGUUGUGGGUUUCACUCUGCCGGCACUAGUGCUCCUGUUCUGUUGUUCCUGCAUCCUUCUGAAGCUACGCCACACCUCCAGUGGCCUACAGAAGAAGAAGGACAGAAGGACACAUGUUCUUGUAGCCCUGGUGGUGGCCUUCUUCAUCAGCUGGAUGCCCUACAACAUUGUCCUAAUUAAGGACACUGCUCAGCCAGUGAAUAAUGUCUCCAUAACAGGAGCAGAAAGGUGUGAAGGAAGGCAAUGGACAGCUAGCAACGCAACAGCCAUUUUGGGGCUUCUUCAUUGUGUUGUCAGUCCUGUGAUUUACCUCUUUCUCUCCAAAGAGUUCAGGCGACGUGCUUUGGCUAUGGUAAAGUUCAGUGGUUGUGAAACAGACAGCAGUGAUUUUUCACUUUGGGACUCAGCUGGACUGAAUGAUAGUACUUAUGUACAACAGGAGGAACAAGGUUCACUGCAGCCUAUGAAUGACAUUAUACAAACAAUAAAUAACCAGGAUCAGUAUAGAUGAAAAAAGCAUGGAUUCUGCAUUGAGUGUUGAACGCUGUAGCUGGGUUUUCAUUUAAAUUUCGCAUUUUUAAGCGCAUUUAAAAAAGAUUUGCUAAAGAAAAUACUAAUUGUUGCACGUUUCCAUCCAGUACGUAAUGCGCAUUAUUAUGAGGGAGCCGCCUUAUCAUGAUGAAGCAGGUGAAUGACCUCCCUGCUUUAGGGAGAGUUUUAUUUGCAAGAUUGGAGCAAGUAUCUAAUUUUAAGUAGGGCUGACCAAAGAUUUUCCUAGUCGACUAAUAGGCAUUAAUUUAAGCCAUUAGUCAACUAGUCGCACGUUUAUGAUAUUAAUUUAAUUACUUAUAUAUAUUGGGGGAAUCUGAAAUUGUUGAAGUUCCAGGGCUGAGAAACAAUGUUCUAAGUAACAUUGCUAACACUGUUCUACAUUACAGAGAAAUACUAAACCGUAAUAAUGAGCCUUUAAAAUAUAAAUUUUACAAGCACAUGCACGAAGCCAGCUGCAGGGACACUGGCAAAAGCUGUAAUGAUUCUGAAUGUGUUGAAAAAACAGUGAGGAGACUGUCUGAACAUUUUGUGAAUUUAUAGAGAGAAAUGCACAUUAGGGUUGUGCCAACAGACGAUCUCGGGGAUCGACGAUGGUCAGAGUGAUCGCCAAUAGCUGAUGCCUUUGAGAUGUCAAGAUGAUAUUUGUCUCGUUUUCCCAUUAAUGUAUCUUUGCCAGAGAGAUGUUGACAACUGUUGUAAAACCAUCUUUCAAAAAACUGAACAACACACAUUUUAAUUGCACUUAUUUUAUUUUAUUUAUUUUCCAGUUUCAUUUGAAUUUGUAGUUAAAAUAAAAAUAUAAAAAUAAAGUUCACAGUUUGAAAUCAA